UUCCAUGAGUUGCAGUAUCCAAUAACCCCAGACCCUCCAAUCACAGCCCACCACCUUCUCCCUCUCUAUUCAACUUUGGUUAUUCGCUCUCAUCCCAAAGAUUUUAACAAAUUUUUAGAUUCAUUCCUUGGAGCUUGGUAGUUUGCUUUUGAGCUAGUAUAUAUUUUUUCUCCUCUUCUUUCUUUUCUUUGUUGCUCAUUCGUCGAGGAGAAGGAAGGAAGAACAUAUAUUUUCUCAGCUUUUCACACUGCUUCUCUAUUAAAUUCAGUGUGUCUUUGUUUUUCCCCAAUUGGGUUCCCAUAUCCAACCUUUUUUGUUUCUUGGGUUCACCUCAGUUUCUUGCCUUCUGCUGUCAGCUUCUCACUUUUUGCCUUGUUGAGUUACCAGGGAAGUUGAAGUUAAGUGUUGGUUAUCAGUUUUUAACUGUUUUCUGUCGUAACUAUAGGGAGUUCCUAUCCCAGUUUCUUUCGACUCUUUCAGGAUAUUUGCUCUUUUAGAUCUUAAUUGUGGUGUUAGGGUUCUUUGUUGGGAUAGUUUGAGUGUUUUUACUUAAAAGUUACAUGAAUUUUGUAGAUUUUCUUUGGAAUUUUAUUUUCUUUUGAAAGUGGGUUUUUUUUCUAGAUUCCUCGGGCAUUGCCUGGAAAAAAUUAUUCUGAUUCCUUGCAAAUGCUCCAUGAUUUAACGCUGAUAUUUUUCCUUUGAUACCCUCUACCUCUAUGCAUUUUCCCUGUAGUUUCUUGCUCUGUUUUUUUACAAUUCCAAUGGUGUAACUGAAAUUCCAUUCUCCAAGUGAUCAAUCACCUGAAACGAUCAUUGAAUUAGGAACUUGUUUGGAUAAAACUUUCAUGUUUUGGUAGUAUUUUGUGCUUAAAUUUGAUGUUAUGAAGUGGGAAAUGGAAAUCCUGUCGCCCACAUCUUAUCACUCUAGCACAAAUUGGUUUCUUGAAGACAGUAAAAGCACGAAAUGGACAUCAGCAGAGAACAAGAUGUUCGAGAACGCCUUGGCGCUCCAUGAUAAGGAUAGUCCUGAUCGAUGGCAGAAAGUGGCUGCAAUGAUCCCAGGGAAGACGGUAGGAGAUGUAAUCAAGCAGUAUAGAGAAUUAGAAGCUGAUGUUAGCAGUAUAGAAGCAGGGCUGGUUCCAAUUCCUGGAUAUAGCACCUCUCCAUUCACAUUGGAUUGGGUGAACAGCCGUGGCUAUGAUGGAUUAAAACAGUCAUAUGGACUUGGUGGAAAGAGAUCUUCAUCGGGCAGGCCUGCCGAGCAGGAAAGGAAGAAGGGGGUUCCUUGGACAGAAGAGGAGCAUAAAUUGUUUCUAAUGGGCCUAAAAAAAUAUGGCAAAGGGGAUUGGAGGAACAUCUCACGCAAUUUUGUUGUCUCUAGAACACCGACUCAAGUGGCUAGUCAUGCUCAGAAGUAUUUCAUCAGGCAGCUUUCAGGGGGAAAGGAUAAGAGAAGAGCUAGCAUUCAUGACAUAACAACUGUCAAUCUCAACGACACCAGAACUCCUUCACCAGACAACAAGGGAAUUCCUUCAUCGGAGCAGUCUUCAGGGCUCCCUCAGCAGCUCACUUCCGCUGCCAUGCCCAGAACACAUUUGCAAUGGAAUCAGCCUUGCAGUGGGGCAACAGUGGCUUUUAAUUCGACUCAAGGAAAUAUGUCAAUGUCCUCUCCUUAUGGGAUUCCCGCCUAUGGAUUAAAAAUGCAGAUGCAGAAUCUGCACAGAAGUGCUGCUCAUGAGUCUUAUUUUGGACCUCAAAAUUUGGUUUUUCAGAUGCAAUCCGCACAGCAAUAUCCGCACGGAUGAGACAACACCUAUUCUGAGUUUCUCCUGGCUGGAUAAGCCAUUCCUUCUUUCAGUUUAUAAGUAUAGCUGUCUUUGUACGUUUUUCAUGGUUUUAUGUGAAUAUAUUAUCAACAA